UCCCCCUCCAUUGUCCUCUGGCCCCGCCCUCCAUUCGGCACGCCCUUUGCCUCAUCCCCCUCUGUUUAUUGGCUGUAGGUGACGCCCCUCUUCGAUAUACCCAUCCCCAUUGGCUCCUCUUUCACGUUAUCCUCUCCCGGAGUUUCCUAUUGGCGCAGGCCACACCCUCUUAUUUGUCACCAGACUCCGCCUUCAGUCUGGGUUCCUCCCCCAGCCAUCUUUCAUUCAUUCUGCAUCUAGUGCUGGAUGUUUGAGACGAUGGGGUGAAUCAGACCCGUCCCUGCCCUCAGGGAGUUCAGGAGAUGGUGGGGGGGACACGGACCUAGGCUAUGAAAAUGACAGCCUUGGGCGGUAUAGAGGCCGCCUAGGCACUGGGAGCCUCUAAGACGCCUGGAAGGCUUCCCGGAGGAGAAGACGACAGUGUGGGGAGUUGGAGUGACCAGGCUGGAUGUGAUCCCCAGGACAGAAUGGUGCUGGACUCAGGGGCUCAGGUGUAUGAGCAGGCACCCCCCAGCCCACCAGCCAGUCCCUCAUCCUUGGGCCGUAGGCUGAAGCCCUCAGACCGAGAUGGGACACCGCUGUACCCCUGGCCUCGGUCCCUGGCCUUGCCCCUGGCUCUGUCAGUCUCCUCAGCCCUGCAGCCCCGGCCUGAGCGGCAGUCCUUCCCAGAGCUGCGGUUGGGCCGCCGUGGCCACAUGCGUCGCAGUGAGAGCACCUGCACCGUCAAUAGUACUGGUCGGCGGGGGGGCAGCACCCAGGGUCGGGCCCUACCUGGACGAGGACGGGAUCCAGGUGGGAGCACCCUGCGGUCUGCAGCCUCCCUGCCUCACAUAGCUAAGACUCAAAAGGAGGUAGGCCGUGGUGCCAGCAGGAGCCCCUGCCUGUUGGUGGCCCUGCGGCCAACCAACAUGGACCAUGAGCGGAAAAAGUUCUUCCAGUCCCAUUACACCUACAACCCACAGUUCGAGUACCAGGAGCCGAUGCCUACAGCUGUGCUGGAGAAGUACUGUGAGGCCUCUGGACAGUUCAUCCAUCAGGCAGUUGGCAUCAUUGAAGCUGUCCUGGAGAAGUUUGGCACCUACGAACACUUUGAGGCUGCUACCGGGGGCCAGCUACUGACCAAGUGCCAGAUCUGGUCCAUUGUGCGCAAAUACAUGCAGAAGGAGGGCUGCGUUGGGGAGGUUGUGGUGCAGCUGAGUGAAGACCUGCUGUCCCAGGCAGUGAUGAUGGUGGAGAAUAGCCGACCAACACUGGCCAUCAACCUGACUGGAGCCCGCCAGUAUUGGCUGGAGGGCAUGCUGCGGCACGAGAUAGGCACCCACUACCUGCGGGGUGUGAACAACGCGCGGCAGCCAUGGCACAACGCCGAGGGUCGGCUGCAGUACGGGCUGCGGCCAGCGAACCCCACCGAGGAGGGCCUGGCCAGCCUGCACAGCGUGCUGUUCCGUAAGCAGCCCUUCCUGUGGCGCGCGGCACUACUCUACUACACCGUCCAUCGUGCCGCGCGCAUGUCCUUCCGCCAGCUUUUCCAGGACUUGGCGCGCUACGUGCAGGACGCUGAUGUGCGCUGGGAGUACUGCGUGCGGGCCAAGCGCGGCCAGACUGACACCUCACUGCCAGGCUGCUUCAGCAAGGACCAGGUGUACCUAGACGGCAUCGUGCACAUUCUGCGGCACCGCCAGACCAUCGAUUUCCCGUUACUGACCUCUCUGGGCAAGGUGUCCUAUGAGGAUAUAGACCAUCUGCGGCCCCAUGGGGUACUGGACAAUACCCGGGUACCCCACUUCAUGCAGGACCUGGCACGCUAUCGGCAGCAGCUGGAGCAUAUCAUGGCCACCAACCGGCUGGAUGAAGCAGAGCUGGGCCGCCUGCUGCCUGACUGA